AUGAUUAGAAAGGCAUUGUUCAAUGGCAACAUCCUGCACAUGGAGCUUAUAGAGUGUGACCUAUUCAUGUGCAUUGGAAACACGCUCUACAUACUGAACAUGAAUGGAUUAAUAAGAGAAGAUGUGAGUCUUCCCUCGGACGGAGUAAAAGAAAUAUUUAAACACAAGGGCAUUGUAUUUCUUCGGAUUGACGAGGACGAAUAUUACUACUUCAGGCUGGACAGCCCGAUACUUAUGAGGAUAGGAUGGGACAUAGAGAAAAUGCACGCAAACAAUAAUGCUAUUUUUUCGUGCGGUUGCAGUAUAUCCUCCAUCGACCUUCCGGUAGUACGGCCCCGACACAUUGUAACUAUGCCUGGGAACAUAAUAGACUUUGCAGAGGUUGGACCAGAUAUAUAUGUUCUUCUUGAGGCCCAUCUUUGUCUUAUUCAAAAUUGGCAUCAGAACAGAGAAGGCGUGUUGAUAAGACCUGUGGAGUUCUUAAGUCACCUAAAAUUCGUCUCCAUGGCUUCCAACGGCUCCGACUUUAUAAUCCUUGAGAGUAACCACGAGGUGGUUGUCUACGGAGGAAGGGCGUUGGGGUCGAUAAGAAAAAGCGAAGACUGGCAAGGGCUUAAGGUCUUCAGUACUAUCCUUGUAUUUUUGCUAUCAGACAGCAUAGAGUUGUACUGCCCCAACACUUGUAAAAUGCUUGCAAGGCUAAACUUCACGCCUAAGGCAAUCACCUAUGAUUCAUACAGGAAGAGAAUGUGGCUGUAUUCCGAUGUCCUGUAUGAAAUAGACACUUCAAAGCUCACUACUUAA